AAUAAUAAAUUAGAAAAAGACAACAAAUUAAAUAGCGAAUUAAGUAAAGAUUAUAUUUCAAAUAAGUUGAAAGGUUUGUUUAUAUCAGAUAUUAUUGCACCAUGUUAUAUUGAAGAGUCUAAAAAAUAUGAAAUAUUUAGAAAAGAAAAAGAGAUAGAAUUUACUAUAAAUGAAACAAAUAAAAUAGAUAAAGUUAGAAUAAAGAAUAGUAUUAAAUCAUCAACUAAUAGCAAUAGUGAUGAAUCA